AUGGACACAAUAAAAGAAACGGACUCUUUUAGUAAAUAUCAAAUUGGAGAAGCUGUUGGUAAAGGUGCAUUUGGUAAAGUUUUUAAAGCAUUAAAUGCAGAAACAGGUGAUUUCUGUGCAAUUAAACAGAUUGAAAAAACCAUAAUAUCAGAGAAACAAUUACCAUCAAUCAUUCAAGAGAUAAAAUUAUUGCAAACACUUCAACAUCCAAACAUUGUAAAGUUUAUAGAAUCAUACGAAACCUCAAGAUAUCUUUAUUUUGCAUUGGAAUUUAUAGAGGGUGGAUCAUUGGCAAAGAUUGCCAAGAGAUAUGGUUGUUUUCAAGAACCAUUACUCUCGAGAUACUUUAGUCAAGUUUUAAAAGGUUUAGCAUAUCUUCAUGAGAAAGGUGUAAUUCAUAGAGACAUAAAAAGCGAUAAUAUUCUCAUAACAAAAGAAGGUGUAAUUAAAUUAGCAGAUUUUGGUUCAUGUACUUAUUCAGCGAUCGAUAGAAAAUUAACAGUUGUUGGUACACCAUUUUGGAUGGCACCAGAAGUUAUACAAAUGGAUAUGAAUGCAAGAAGUACAGCAUGUGAUAUUUGGUCAUUAGGUUGUACAUUAUUAGAGAUGUUAACGGGUAAUCCACCAUAUUGGGAUUUAGGAACAAUGCCAGCAAUGUUUGCAAUGGUUAAUAAUCCACAUCCACCAAUUCCAAAUAAUAUAUCAGCAGACUUAAAACACUUUUUAUUGGCAUGUUUUGUUAGAGAUAUAAAUAAAAGACCAACAGCAUCACAACUUUUAGAGCAUCCAUGGAUAAAACAGCACAUUCAUGAACCAUCUCAAUCACAACCAGCAUCAUCACCUGAACCAUCAAGAAUUAAAUCUAGUGGAAGUGGGUCGAAACUAUCAAUCAACACUUAUGCUGAAGGUUAUGAUGUAGAGUCAGAUGAUGAUACAACCAAUAGUAAUAAUGGCAGCGACCAUGAUCGUAUUCAACAAUUGGAGUCACAAAAGAAAGAAAUGACAGAGACAAUCAAAAGAUUGAAAUUACAUUUUUUACGUGCAAUGAAAGAGAAGAAGGUAAUGAAGGAUAUGAUUUCUCAAUUGGUAACGGAAAGAGAUGAAUAUAUGAUUAAAUUAGGUUUAACACCACCACCAUUACCACCAAUCCUAGCAAAUGCAACCUUAAAUUCAAAAUCCUCAUUGGAUAGUUCAAAUGAGCUAUUGAAUAAAGAAUCUAGUCAAGGUAAUCUUUUGGGAAGUGGUGGCAGUGGUUCACCAUACACUAAUCACACACGUUCUUCAUCUGCACCACUCACUGCACCUGGAAAAAUCAUAUCGACUCAUCAAAUUCAUUCACCAUCACUAAGUAAUUCCUCUGCAUCAGCUUCAACCUCUGGUGUAUCAAAUAACAAAGAAAGAGGAUCUUCAAUACUAACCAACGAUUUCUUUCAUCCACCAUCAGAUGAUGAUCAACAUUCACCAACCAAUGAUUUAUUCCUUCAUGAACAUUUUGAAAAGAAUUUAAAAGUUACAGCAUCAUCUUCACCAUCUUCAUUAUCAAAGAAUUCAAGAUUAACUACUAAAUUUGAAUUGGAAUCUGAUAAUAAUACUAAUAAUAAUAACAAUAACAAUAACAAUAACAACAAUAUAAAUAUAACAACAACAACAACUACUACCACAACAACACCAGCAUCAAAUCAAAACCUUGGAGCUUAUUAUCAAUCUAGUGGUAAUCUCCAUUUGUACACAAAUCAAAAUAAUUUAACUAAUAAUAAUAUUAAUAACACUAAUAAUAAUAAUAACAAUAACAAUAAUAAUAAUAAUAAUAAUAAUUUAGGUAGCAAUACCAAUGUAGAUAUGUAUUUAAGAACUUCAAGUGAAAAAACUCACUUAUCAAUAACCCAGCCAGUAUCACUUAGUGGUGCACUAUCAUACGGGGACCAUUUAAAUCCUAGUGUAACAAUAGGUGGUCAUAAUAGUUUAAAACAAAAAGGAAGUGGGAAAACUUCAAUCCCAGUUUUACAAAAAGAACCUUCAAAUAAGAGUUUAAAUUCUUUAAAUAAUAAUAAUGUAAACAAUAAUAAUAAUAAUAAUAAUAAUAAUAAUAAUAAUAAUAAUAAUAAUAAUAAUAAUAAUAAUAAUAAUAAUAAUAAUAAUAAUACAAAUAGUAACAGUAAUAAUAAUACAAAUAAUAUUAAUAGUACAAAUAAUAUUAAUACAAAUAAUAUUAACAAUGUACUUGGAACAUCACCGUCAAGAAAGAUAUCAAAUUCAGAUCAAUUUACACCAAAUAGAAAAUCAUCACAACCAAUUGCACCAAGUUUUUCAUUACUCAAUCAAUCUUUAGAUAGAAAUCCAAAUAGUAACAAUAAUAAUAAUAAUAAUAAUAAUAAUAGCAAUAACAACAACAACAACAAUAAUAAUAAUAAUAAUAAUUUAAAUAGUGGAUCAAAUAGUUUUAAUAACAAUAGUCCAAUAAGUAGUUUUACUAAUAAUAAUAAUAAUAAUGAAAGUGGUGAUGAAUAUGAUGACGAUAGUGAUAUUAUUGAAGAUGAACAAAGUUCCAAUUCUAGUCUCUCUUUCAACAAUUCAAAUGUACCACAAGUUGAAUCAGUUGUUGUAAAUGUACAACCACCGAGAGUAGGUGAUGAAUGUAAAGUUAAAUGCGGUGAUGGUUGGUAUGAUGCAGUAGUCGAUUUAGUUAGUGGAUCCACUUUUGUUGUCACUAUCAAACCUUUUAAAAUCAAAAGAGAGGUAUCUCAUUCUGAUGUUACUUUGGCUCCUCUUCAAUUCCCGGUAACUGCAACAAAGAAAAAGAAAUUCAGUUUAUUUAAUAGAAAAUAA